GCUGCGCGGCGGGCACGAUGUCAUCUAGCAUGGCAGGUGAAGAGGACUUCUUUUUGGAAGAAAAAAGUUUCAAGCAGUACUGUGAAGAAUUUAUUAAGCAUUCACAGCAGAUAGGAGAUGGUUGGGAAUGGAGAACUAGCAAGGGCCUUGGUGAUGGUUAUCUUAGUAAAACACACUUCCAAGUAAGAAACAGAAACAUCCCAGCAGAUCUCAUGGAGAAAAACAGUGAUAACACUGAACCAACAUUAUUUACACAUGUUGAAGAGUCUUUGGAUGAUUCUGAAGUAGCUGGAGCUUGUGCAGCAGAAGAAGUGAUUCGCUAUGAAUAUCACGUCUUGUACUCCAGCAGCUACCAAGUACCUGUGCUUUAUUUUAGGGCGUGCUUUUUAGAUGGAAGACCUUUAACUCUGGAUGAAAUAUGGAAAAGUGUUCAUGCAUGUUACCAGGCUCGUCUGCUGGAGGGGCCCUGGGACACUAUUACACAGCAGGAGCACCCAUUGCUUGGGCAGCCAUUUUUUGUUCUGCACCCCUGCCGGACUAAUGAAUUCAUGUCUUCUGUACUGACUGGUUCACGGAAGCAAAACAGAUACACAAAUUACAUUAUAUUGUGGCUCAGUACUGUAGGCCCAGUGGUGGGUCUCAAUCUGCCUCUGAGUUAUGCAAGACUAGCACCCAAGCAGAAUACAAAUGCUGAUUCAGUUGAAAGACCUCUGAGCUGAAGGAUAGAUUGAUGGUUCGCUCUAGUAAAGCUACUGCAAAUGAAAUCAAGUAAAGGAAUCCUUCCUGAAUGGUAAGCAGUGCAGUGUGGAAAGGUGACUGUUCAUGGCUCCUUCCCUGGUUACAAUGGAAGACCUAAGAGUUGGCUGCAGUUUUGACAACUUUCAAGUACCACCAAGACUUGAACACACUUGUGAUUUCAUCAUCCCCUUGAAAUCACUCCUUUCCUACGUCUGUUUUGCCGUGGUUUUGACCUUAGUUAGACUGCAAACAGAUGCACAAAUCUAUGGUUCCUUGAUGCACAGUUGAGAUAGGGGCUUUGGAUCUACUGAACUUAUCCACUAAUAAUCAUAUAUCUAGAAAAUCUGCACCAUCUGUGAGGAUAUGUUCAGCAAAAGUCUUGUAAGAUAUGGUUGAAGCUUGUGGCUGUCAGUUUAUGGUGUGAGACUUCUUCACCUCGGGACCACCUUCUCCACCACAGCUUUAUGCACGGACCAUCCUUGUGUUCCACACCACACGCAGAACAUCCUGAUCCCAGGACUGAAUAAUACUUUGCUGAGAAUAUUUUGUGUAUGUCAUGCUUCAGGGCAAAAUAGGAUCAGGACUGUAGACAAGCAAAGUACUUACAGUCAACAUCUGACUAAGCAUGUACAGUUGCAGAGUUCAAGGUGCCUAAUGCUAUUGUAUGAAAACAUCUGGCUUUCCCGUGCUUCACUGCCUCCAAAGGAAGCUUUGCCAUACCCUGGGGGAGUUACUGUUGUAGUCAAUUAGUAUUCUCAUUGUAGUAGUAAGUUGUUCACAGGUUUGUUCCCUACCCUGCUGUCUUUACGCAAACCUCCCUGGACAGCUCUUGAAUUUUGAGCAAGUAUGAAUUGCCUAGUAGUGCAAGAAGUGAAGAACAGUGAAGGUCAGAAGUGAAGGUUAGAAGUACCUUCCAUACAAGUCGUCUUGACUUCUUACCUAAUCACAUUUUAUUUUCAGUAUAAACCAAAUCACAAGUCCUGAGCAGUUGAGCUGGAAUUACAGAUUCUGCUUUAUAUGGUCAGCAAAAUGUCACUUGCAUCCAGAGUCCCAACAUAUGCCAUAUCAGUGCUGGAAAUGCAAAAUGCAUCAGGUUUCAGGUUCUGGGUUUUUAGAUAUUUUGAUUGGUUGCAUAUUUUUAACUUGCUGUUGCAAUCUGCGACCUAUUGUAUCUCCUUGUUGGAGCAAAUUUAACUUACCGGGAUCUGCCGAGAGGUCCGCACGCAGCGCUCGCCCCUCCCAGAGGAGCAGUGAACUUUGGCACUGACUUUUCAGGUGAGACACUUCUUCAAUGCUCACUAGUGUUUCCAGUAACAGCAGCCAAUCCCCAAUUAGAAUUUACGAAUACAUGGUUUAUUGAGGGGAAAAAAUGAAGCAAUGUGGGGCAGGAGACUUAAAGAGGGUAAUUAGAAGACAUAGAUCUGUAAAGUAUCUUUAAAACACCAAAUACGAAGAACUUACAUAUGCUCUAAUACUUAUAUAUAGAUAGGCCUUAUUUACACGCCCAGAUUAAUUAUUAUCAUCACACAGAGGGGAAGAAGAAAGAGGGAUAUGCCCGACGCUUGUCCCGUAUAGGGUCACGGGUUGUGUGCAGGUGAGGCAGGAACACCUCAGGGAGAGAAUUAUUCCCAAAAUACAAUCCCUUACUUUGUUCCUGAGAUGGUCUAGGUACUUGUAUAGUAGCUGUGGAUGACUUCCCCUGCACCCCGGUCUUAGAACCACGGGUGGCAGGAAGAAGUUUCACUGCACCUGCUCAGCAGCAGGCAGGAACCGCAGGCAGGUCGGGAGCCGGGACUGCAAAAGCCGCAGGUGAGCCGGGACGAGCCGGGCCUGCAGGGAUUAGCCGGGACUGCAGGUAAACAGGAGUGGGAACAGGAGCAGGGAACCUCUGGCUGGCAGGCACCCUCUGGCUGGCAGGCCCCCCCAAGGCGCAGGUCGCCCCCCAAGAGCAAGCAGCAGCAGCUUCAGUGUCCGUCCAGAAGCGCACCCCAAGCAGCACGCCUGCUGUCUCUUUUAUGGGUCUCCUUUGCUCCCAAUUGGCCAGUCUCUAGUUUCUGGGGCUUCUCAGCCAAUCAGACAGAGACUUUUUCCCACCACUGCUCCUCUCUAGCUAGCAGCUAGCAGCUAGCUACCUCCCUCAUGGCGUUGGAGUUGUUUUCUGGCAGAGGAGACAGGCAGGAGAGGGUUUAAACUGCCACGUUAUGACUGCUGACCUAAAGGGCAUAUUAUGUUCGUGUGAGGAAAGGUCUGGUCCUUCACACUUGCGUAAUAUAUUUUUGGUGGAUUGAAAUACCUUGCAGUCCUUAGAAUUCCAUUGGUGCAGAGUUCUUUUGCCAGCCAUUUGGAAUUAAUAACAAAAAUACACGUUUUGGGUCAUAACAACCUGAAAAGCCAUUUUUCCAUGUAAGAUUUAUUAAAUAUGGCUUUCCAUUCAUACAUACAUGACAGUAGGUACAUUGUCUUUUUAAACACUUUUGAUAACAUGUGCUUGAUAAUUGUAUCCAUAGCCCAUUUUCAAAUUUAAGGACAAUUUACAGAGGAGGAAAACAAACAAACAAAAAAAACCAAACAGGUAACAGCAGUUUUAAGAGCUGUUAAAUGUUCAUUCCUGCUCUGUUGUCUUCAUUUGUGAUACACUGGAACAGAGAAGUAAAAGCCGCCAGCCCCCCUCUGCUUCCCUGCAUUGCUAAGCAGCUCUCUGUCAGCUGCUGCUGCCUCUAUCCAGCAUAUCAGCACACUCACACUGUGCUGCCAAGCCCUUGGGACCUUUUUUCCCAGUAUAACUUAGGACUGGCCUCAGGUAGCUUUAUUUAAACCAAGGUCUGAAUUAGCUCCUGCUGACCUUAGGAUCAGGGAAGUGGAAAGGAUUGAUGGAGUUGUUCCCUACAAGCCAUCAGCACUGAAUGCUGCAUCAGCAUAUCUGAGGAUCAGUUAUGCUCAUAUUCUCAAAGCAUCACAGAUGUUACCUGGCACUGCAUUGAGGGUUGAAUGUACAGAAGAAAUUCCACUUUUAAACAACAGAAAGAAUAAAAUGCCAUCCUGAAUAGAGUGGCGUUGGAAUAACUUAGAGCUGAAACACUAAUUUUAGUGUUCUCAUAUACUUGACAAGAGCUGUUCCUGAUAAAAGAGCAUAAAAGAAUAAGUUUGAGUAUUAUUUUCAGUACCUUGAGAAGAUUCAACUGCUAAGAUGCUGCUGUGCAAAAUGUAUAAGCAUAGUUUCAUAGGCAUUUCUUGAGGACCAGCCCUUCCUGUUUCUGUCUUGGAAGCCAAAUACAUUGAAUACAACAGUAUUACUCAACAUAGGAUUUGGCCAGUUUGGUUUCUUCUCUAAAGGAAAGACUUGUUACUGCAAAUCUGUGAAGUGUCAUUGCUCUACUCAGAAUGUCAGCAUCUCAUCCAUGUGACACUGUACGUGGGGUAGUGUAACUUACAGAUUGUAAUCACAGAUAGAAGAAAACAAAUAUGAAAUAAGUGUGGGAGCCUAUAUUCCAGUCACUUUCCCCAGUCCAUCAGCCUUCCAUUGCACCUUAAUUUGAUCUUCUUUUUUUCUCCCCAAGAAUUGCAAGAAAAAUGUAAUUUGUAUGUAGAUAGGAAGUACUUAUUUUUCUUCUACAUGGAAGAAUUCACAAGGCCCAUUACUUUCUACCUUGAUUUAUAAUUUGUAAACAAAAUUUAAUAUUAUUUGGACAGAGCUUUGCACACUGUAUCUUUAUCAGUGAUCUGGAUGAGGGCAUGAAGAGCACCCUCAGUAAGUUUGUUGAUGACACUAAAUUGGGCAGGAGUGUUGAUCUGUUCCAGGGCAGGAAGGCUCUGCAGAAGGACCUGGUCAGGCUGGAUCAAUGGACUGAGGUUCAACAAGGCCAAGUGCUGGGUCCUGCUCUUGAGUAGCAACAACUGCAUGGAAUGUUGCAGACUAGGGGAAGAGAGGCUGGAGAGCUGCCCAGCACAGAGGGACCUGCGGGUGUUGGGUCGUCAGCUGGCUGAACAUGGGCCAUGCCCAGGUGGCCAAGAAGGCCAACAGCAUCCUGGCUUGUAUCAGGAGUAGUGUGACCAGCAGGACGAGGGAAGUGAUUGUCCCCCUGUACUCGGCACUGAUGAGGCUGCAUCUCAAAUCCUGGGGUCAGUUUUGGAUCCCCCACUACAGGAAAGACAAUGAGGUGCUGGAGUGAGUCCAGAGAACGGAAACGAGGUUAGUGAAGGGUCUGGAGCACAAGUCGUAUGAGGAGCAGCUGAGGGAACUGGGGCUGUUCAGUCUGGAGAAAAGGAGGCUGAGGGGAGACCUUAUCACUCUCUACAACUGCCUGAGAGGAGGUUGUCGUCAGGUGUGUGUCAGUCUCUUCGCCCUAGCAACAAGCAAAAGAACAAGAGGAAACGGUCUGAAGUUGUGCCAGAGGAGUUUUAGAUUAGAUAUUAGGGUAAACUUCUUUACUGAAAGGGUUAUGAAACACUGGCACAGGCUGCCCAGGGCGCUGGAUGAAUCACCAUCCCUGGAGGUGUUUAAAAGACGUGCAGAGGUGAUGUUGAGAGACAUGGUUUAGCUCUGCACUUGGUAGAUUUGGGUUAAUUGUUGGACUUGAUGAUUGUAAAGGUCUUUUCCAAUCAGAAUGAUUCAGUGAUUGUAUUAGACUUAAGAUUUCCUCUGUCACAACGAAAGCACUUGUUUAAUGGAUAACUCAAACAGCAGGAUACUGCUUUGUCAGUGUCCUGACAGUCACACCCUAACUCCUGCAUGUCCUCUCCCAGCAAUCACUCACUACCUCCUUGGUAUCUUAGAACCAUAUAUUCAUUUGGCUGGACACUCAAGUUCUUCCCAGUUUCUGAAGCUGUCUCUGCCUUGCUUCCUUCCUGCUGAUAACUCCCCUCCAAAUUCCUCUUUAGUGCCUUGACCCUGUUCCCACAGUUACUGAGACAAGAUUAUAAUAAUGGGGGGCAAGAAAAGGAUAAGCAAUCUGACAGUUCCACUGCCCUGCUACAAUUCUUAACCAUUUAACACCAUAAGCAGUGAAGUAGCAGAACGGUGUCAUCACCAUUGUCAGAGUUUCCCUGAAAUUUGUCCAGAAUACCACUAGACAAAAGUUCAGCUCAGUUAGUACAAAUACACUAAGCUUAGACUGAGAAACAAAUACAGGAUAACAUAAAUAUUUGAGAUGAAUGAGAGAUACAAUCUUGUUUAGAUAUCUACUUCCUAAUGGCUUAAGUGGGAAGUAGGCAUCUUAAUUUCCCAUUUACAUCUGUGCCUUAAUGUGACUUACAGGUUGUUUUAUACAGAAUGUUUAUAUACAAAAAUCCUAUUUUAUUUCAAAAUCAAGUUAAUUUCAUCACUAUUUUGUAAUAUUAUUUAGCAUAAUAAGAUUAUUUUAUCUGAACUUGGGUUUUAGCUGUAUACAUUAUCUGAAAUCUUGCAGCCUAUCCAAAGAAAAUUACCAGUUCCAGUUUUGUAAAUUUGCUCAGUCGUUCAUCCUUGCUCAUGUGGGAAGACAUAUUGAAGACCAUUGCUCCUGGGGACUUCUUUUUAAGAGAACAGACUCAUACCUGCUCUUGGUCACAAGUAUCAGCAAGAAGAAUUAAUUUUAUGUGUUCAACUAAAUAAAAAAUGUGCUUUUCUUUGGAAUGCAAUUGCUACCUACAUAAUCCCUCCUUUGUGUCAGCAUGAUCAGGUUAACCCCCAUCUGGUCUGCCAGAAGGUUUGUAGUUGGUUGGUUUUGGUUAUUAAAAGUAACAUUCCUUUGGUCAAAUCGUGUGCUUGUUUUCACAACAGUAAAUUUUUGAGCGAGUUAAUUAAGAGCUGAAAAGAAUGAAGUAAUCAAUACCAAUUCUUGUUGCAACUCCAUGAAUUUCCGCAAGACUUCCAGUAACUUUUUUUUUGGCCUCAUUUGUUAUCACUGAUAUAAUGAGUUUGUUGGGAUAUCUGUAUUUAUAUUGCAUAGCAUUUCAGUUCCAGCACAAAGGAAAAAGGAUUUAUCCCUCCUCUGAAAUGUGAAGUUACAACUGUUUUUGCCAGAAAUACUCUAUUCUAGAGAACAGUGUAUAAAUGAAUAUAUGUGCAUAUUUUUAUUAACAGGUAGGCCUUCAAAAGUGUUUCAGACAGUUUAGAUAAUAUUUUAGCAAAAAAGCCCCAUGAAGUUCAUAGCUGCAAAACUGUCAUGUCAAGUAGCUGCAGCUUAGCUUUAAUUCCUAGACUUAAAAAGCCAGGCUGAUUCAGAGCCAUGCUAGGAAGAGUAGCCCUGAAGAGAGUAACCAUUUAUUGAGUGCUCGGGAAGAAUUAAGAAGGUAUCACACCUGUUUGGUUUAUGUCCUGGCUUUCAUUAGGGUCUUAAAAAAACACGACACCCCAAGGAAGCUUUUGCUUCGCCGCUUAAGAGUUUGUUGUAACUGUCACCUGCUGAAGAUGAUUUUCAACUUAAGGCAAGAGAGGAGUCUGCUGCUUUGUUUGGAAAGUGAAUGGUUUUACAGAGACUUGCCUUGAAUGCUUUUUUUCCUGAAGCCUGAUAGAAAAUAAAGUGUUUUGCUGUGGCAUUGUUUCUCAGAGAUGUUAGUGCAGCGCGCUUUAGGAGGCAGCCCUGUCUAAAGAGAUUAGGCUGUGUGCUUUGUGCACUGCUGGGUUCAGCAGCCAUACACUAUUAGCCUCAGCAGCAGAGGCCAGAUGGAGUCAGAUACUAUUCAGGUGCUUCCUUUCCCCACCUUUGUUGCUGCCCAGGGUUAGGCUAUAGUUAGAGAAGAAUCACAGUAAUGAGAUCUUCGCCAGCAGUCAUCUGCACCACCAGGAGCAAUUCCCAGUGUCUCUUCUGCAAUACAUCACCUUAAAACACAGAAGCUGGUCGUAAUGACUUUUGUUUCUGCUGAGCAAGCACUGCAGUUCAUGCCACUCCAGUUCCAGGGACAGGUAGAGCCCACAGUAGGGGAGAACACGGGCUGAGCAUAGAUGGAAAAAGAUUUGGCAAGCUGUGGAAAUUAACUAAUCCUUUCCUUUGCACCUGAUCCAAAUCAAAAUCCUGAACUGAAUUUUGGUGGAUUCCAGCCAGGCCUCACUCUGUUAAGCAUUGCUUGCUUCUCCAGAGUUUGUAAAGUUCAUUUUCCUACAUCCAGCAGUCAGGUAUGGUUCCUUAAUAUUAGUCGAGUCUUCCAGUAUUUACAUACGCUUUGCUAAUGAAUUAGAAAAAUGUAUCUGUUGCAUCAGUUCAGCUCUUCUCUGAUCUCUGUUGAUCGCCUUCCAUUCAGAGGAUUUGGGUUGUGUAACACAUAAUUUCAGUGCUUCUUUAUUAGGCCUAACCCCCCUCCUCACCUAGUGGUGAGGUUUGCCUUGGCUCAUCUUCCUUUGACUUCUUUCUACAGUGUACAGAUCACAGAAGUUAUUCCUGGGCACUGACAGGAUCCACAGGGACAUUGGCUAGAAGAAUCCUGGUGCCCAAGUGUUGACUAGGUGUUACAUGCUAAACAGGCAUGUAAAACAAAUAUUAACAAGCAGUGCAAAACGUGCAGCUAGCUUUAAUGUUGUUCUUUACUUGUUCUGCUCUCAGCUCUGUGUGUUCUGGUAAUUGUUAUUAACCCUUUCCCUUAAUAACAGUCUCACCUUUUCUACCUUCUUGCAAGAAGUUGAAAAAAGCCCCCACAAAACAAGCCCCUAAUUCAGCCAAAGCUGUAAAAUGUACGCAUGCUUCAUGGAGUAAUAACCACCUUUGUUCUUCUCUUCCCUGUUUUUGAUCUGACAAGAUUGCAGGUGAAUUUACUCCAUAAGCUCUUGUGCUGCUAAGUAGCAUCUAGCCACCAUUUAAGGUACUCAAAGGCAACAAGACAGUAAGUGCCCCAUUUUCCUAACGGGAGCUCACUGAAUCAGUUAAAGGCUAAAUUUCACAUUUUGAAGAUUUCCUUUGUUAAAUUCCACGUAAACAACUUUUUGGCUUACACCUUUCAUGUUUCAGCUUUUCCCCUCAUUGUGCUGAUAGCAACAUCUAGUGGCAAGAGUCCCUCGUUACAACGUCCUACUUUUGGAAGCUGAGUCUUUGCUCCAUUUACCCUCCGAUAAAUCUCCCAUCUCCUCUCCUGCCAGAUGGGCUUUAGAAUUUGCCAAGACUGAACUGCAAGGACUUUAGAAGUCCGCUGGCUGCGGUAAAGUCCUCUUUUCAAAGGACUAUCACUGACAGCCUGCUAAUGAUUUUGCUACACAAGAAAAGCAAAUCAAAACAACAAAACGAAACAGACUCUGUUUGCUGUAGUAACCAAACCAAAGCUGGUCGUUUGCUUCCUUCAAGUAAUGUAUCUCCUGUAGACACUAAGCUGGACUCCAAACAGCAGCAGCUGGGUAGGGUAACACCUACAUACAUAAGACAUGAUUUUGAGAAGAAAUGAGCUGACUGGAGUUGAUCUCUUCCACCAGGAACUGCUGUCAGGUCUGCAAGCUGGGAGUCACACAGCCCAGUGUUGAGGUUCACUUAUCCUGUAGCUUCCUGUCUUACUGUAAUAAAGGAUCACCUGAAAACAA